CGGGCCCGGCUCAGCGCCACCGCCCCUCCUCGCCUGCGCGCCGCGCGAUGGCCUCGCUCCGGGCUGAGCGCGCAGCCAGCGGCCCGCGGCUCCCCGCUACCCGCGCGGGGCGACCGGCUGCGCUCCGCCUCCUCCUCCUGCUGGGCGCUGUCCUAAAGCCCCAGGAGUCCCUGGCUCAGCUUCUUCCCACUGAAGGCAGCUUGAAGUUAGAAGACAGGAACAGUGGAAAUACCUGGACCAGAGGGAUUGGAGGAAGGGGCAGGGGUGUGGUCAGUGUGCAGCAAUCUGUGCCCACAGGGAACAAGAUGGCUGACUAUGAAACCAGUGUCCAAUUUUGCUGGCAAUCUUAUAAGGAGCAGAUGGACUCUAUCCCCAAGGAUUGGUGCGACUGGGCCAUGAUUAGCAGGCCUUAUAGCGACCUACAGUAUUGCUUGGAGCAUUUUGCAGAAGCAUUUGGCCUGGGCUUCCCCAAUCCCUGGGCAGAAGAGGUCAUCUUUGAGACUCACCAGAUCCACUUUGCCAACUGCUCCCUGGUGCAGCCCACCUUAUCAGACCCCCCAGAGGAUGUACUCCUGGCCAUGAUCAUAGCCCCCAUCUGCCUCAUCCCCUUCCUCGUCACCCUUGUGGUAUGGAGGAGUAAAGACAAUGAAGCCCAGGCCUAGGGUGGUAUGAGCUUUUCUUGGAAGCCAUUUUACUCCUUUUCCCUGCUACCACCAGGUCUCUCUUCCCCUCCCUGCCUCCUUUUCUUACUCCCACCCCCACCACAGAUCCUUGGACUGGUGGAAAUGGAAACCCAGCAGUGUCACAGCACAAGUUCUGUACUCUUCUAAAUAAAAGUUUUUUUUUGUACUAUC